UCUGGGUGUUUCAGAUGCACUUGGUUGGUUGUUGAAACGGAGGCCCACUUUUAUCAUAAAUGAAUAAAAAUAAAACAAAACGAAAGACAUUAGCACUGUCUGUAAGCAGAUAAUUUCCAAAGCCAUAUAUCUUGCCACUUCACGUACACUUACGGGAAUUAAAAGCGCAGGAACAACACAAGCUGGGCAUCACCUUUUUACGGGAAGAAAGCAAUGACUAUUUGACAUCAUUUGGAGGCUUAACCGCUUGUGACACUCAGCUGACAACAGCUGCCACACGACUUCUAACAGGUCACCUGACUGUCACAGCCAUGCACCUGGAGGUCAAAGUAGCCCUGAACUUCAUUGUGUCGUACCUGUACAACAAACUUCCCCGGCGCCGCGCAGACCUGUUUGGCGAGGAGCUGGAAAGGCUCCUGGUGUCGCGCUUCGAGGGCCACUGGUACCCCGAGGCCCCCCUGCGAGGCUCUGCCUUCCGCUGCCUGCACCUGGGGGCCCCCCGGGACCCCGUGGUGGAGCUGGCGGCCCGGCGAAGUGGCUUAGACACAGAAGAAGUGCGGGCGAACGUUCCUCCAGAGCUGAGCGUCUGGAUCGACCCGUACGAGGUGUCCUACCAAAUCGGGGAGAAGGGGGCGGUGAAGGUGCUGUAUCUUGAGGACCCCCCUGGCCUGGGGAGGGAAGGAGAGCGCCCCGAGGGUGUCGCCGGGGGGAGCAAAGGGGAACUGGAAGUCGAGGAGGGCAAGAGUUUGGGGUUCAACCCGGAGGCUCAGGUUUUUGUGCCGGUUGGCGGGCAGGUGUCCCCGGUCCUGCCUUCUCUGUCCGUGGGAGGUUGGACAGAGAAGGCAGGACCGGGGACACCUGCCCAGGCCUUGUACCCCCCGAGCACCCCCAACAACCUGACUGCCCACUCCUCCAACACCUCCACGCCCCCACCCCCGAGCUCCGGCCUCUCCUACCUGCCCCCUCAGCAGCAGCCCCCGGCCCCCCCAAACCCACGCCCACCCCCCCAGCCCAUCACCUUCACCACUGCCACUUUCGCCGCCACUAAAUUUGGCUCCACUAAGAUGAAGAAAUGUGGCAGUUCAGGAUCGGCAGGGGGGUCGGGAGUUGGGGUCCCCCCUCAACAGAGAAUGCUGUCUCGCUCGCCCACCACCAUUUCCCCCCCAGGGCUGCUGAAGCACAAGGCCCUCUCUCUCUCCCUCCACUCUUUGGGAGGUCAAGUCCCGAGCCAGCUAUCCCCCAAUGCCAAAGAGUUUGUCUACCCCACCUCCCCGAGUGCCCUCUACUUUGAUACGGAUGCCCCCACUUUGCCCCCCCAUGCCAGUCCCUUCCAGCCCCCCCACCCUCACCCUCACCCUGCCCACCCCCACUCCCACCCAACCUUUGACCCGUUCUCCAGCCCCCCCCCAGGCCCGGCUGUGGGCAUCAUCGAUGGCAGCGGCGGGAUUUCCUACCUGGAGAAGCCCCCGUUUGUGGAGGGGCUUGGGGGUUACAACCUGCAGUACCCCAGCCAGGCUUUCCAACCUGUGGUGCUGGCCAACUAAGGCCUGCAGUCAUCAGCUCAACAUGUUUAUUGGGGUGAUGGACAAAUCCUUGCUCAUUUACUCUAAGGACGUUUUUUUUUGUAACCUUGUUCUUACUAAAAUGACAGCUUAGAAAUAAUAUAAAACUACCACCACCGUCAUAUGUUGUGAAAGUUGCCAUUUAUGUUAAUGUUCUCGUUCAAAUUUUUGGAAGGAUUUUUUUUGUUUCAGUUUCGCCUGGGGAGUAACCAGUCUCCUGCUGCACAGAACGUUUUCCUUUGUUUGUUUGUUUUUUUGCUUUGAAGGAUAAACUGUUGUUUAAAUGUUGAA